GCUACGAUGGCCGGGCGCGUGGGCAGCGGGUCCAGAGAGGCGAGCUAGCGGCUGGUUUGUGAUCUGGGGAAACUCUCAGGUUAUUAGGUUCCUGCAAGUUAUUUGGGGACUGAUCAAGAUUUCAAGCUAAAGAUGGUGAUGAACAGCCUGAGGGUCAUUCUUCAAGCAGCUCCAUACAAAUUGCUGUGGAGAAAGUUCCAGAUUCCGAGGUCCAUGCCAGCAAGGCCCUGCAGCCUCUAUACUUGCACUUAUAAAACUCGGAACCGAACCUUGCAUCCACUCUGGGAGAGCGUGGACCUGGCUCCAGCAGGCGAGCGACAGUCACCCAUCAACAUCCGGUGGAGAGACAGUGUGUAUGAUCCUGGCUUAAAACCGCUCACCAUCUCUUAUGACCCGACCACCUGCCUCCAUGUCUGGAAUAACGGGUACUCUUUCCUCGUGGAAUUUGAAGAUUCUACAGAUAAAUCAGUGAUCGAGGGAGGACCCCUGGAACACAACUACCGAUUGAAGCAGUUCCAUUUUCACUGGGGAGCCAUCGAUGCCUGGGGCUCCGAGCACACCGUGGACAGCAAAUGUUACCCAGCAGAGCUGCACUUGGUGCAUUGGAAUGCAGUCAAAUUUGGAAGCUUCGAGGACGCAGCACUGGAAGAAAAUGGUUUGGCUGUGAUAGGAGUAUUUUUAAAGCUAGGCAAACAUCAUAAAGAGCUACAGAAAUUGGUGGAUACUCUGCCAUCAAUUAAGCACAAGGACACCCUUGUGGAAUUUGGGUCAUUUGAUCCUUCCUGUCUGAUGCCCACCUGCCCGGAUUACUGGACCUACUCGGGCUCUCUGACUACCCCGCCCCUCUCCGAGUCCGUCACCUGGAUCAUUAAGAAGCAGCCAGUAGAAGUUGAUCAUGAUCAGCUUGAGCAAUUUCGGACCCUGCUUUUCACUUCUGAAGGGGAGAAAGAGAAAAGAAUGGUGGACAACUUCCGCCCCCUUCAGCCCCUGAUGAAUCGCACCGUCCGCUCAUCCUUCCGUCACGAUUAUGUGCUGAAUAUACAAGCAAAACCGAAGCCUGCCACCAGCCAAGCGACCCCCUGAAACAUUCAUAUCUAGGCAGUGUUUUGCUUUAAUACAUACUGGCUUUUAAAAAAUUGUUAACUAGACUAUUCUAAAUGCCUGCAUUCAGUAAUAUUUAUAGAUGUGCAUUUCUUGGUAUGGGAG